CUGGUCAAGCAGCGUGUUGUCAAAGAUGAAGGAGAAAAAAAAGAAAAAGUUAAACGAGGCAAAGGUUGCCUCGAGUUGCUGGCUGUCCUCUUGGAGAGACGGGCGAGCGAUGGUUCUGCGUGGUGGCGACAUCUACGUGGAGGAGCGGUACAAGAUUGGCUGGCAGUUCGCAGGCGCAUUUCCCGGUGCAUUCUCUCGUUCCAGCCUCGCUCCGAGAGCGGGGAGCGUCGUCGCGUCGUCAUUCUUUCCCCGUGAUCCAUCGACGAUAGACACCGUUCUUUUUUCUCUCUAUACAACCUCCCUCUCGUUCUCCUUCCUCGUUGUUAUUAGCGAGCGGGUAACACAUUCGCGCGUAAAACGCAUUCGCUUUAUCGCGAGAGCGGGCAUUCCAUCGAAUUCUUUCGUACGACGCAACGGCAACAGGCAUCGUUCGUUUCCUCUUUGUCUCUCCCUUCUCCCUCUGUCUUCGUCUGGUCCCCUCUUUCACUACGUUUCCGCUGUCCGCAAGGUUACGUUGCUGGUUCUCUCGUCUCUUCUCUUCUCUUUCCUCCUCCCCACUCUUCCCCAGGCUUCUUCAGCUCCCGGCUUCCACUGAUAAUAUACCCCUUCCGUCCGCCGAUAAACGUACGUACCCACUGUCACGGUCGAAGAAAGAAGAGGUCGGGGUCCGGUGUACACCAGCCAUUUCACAGGCGUCGUCCGUGAAAUUUCUCUCCCGCAUCCGACAGUCCUCUGCAGCCGGACUUUGCGGUUUCACGAUUCGGCUUGGAGCGCGUCGAUCAUGUCGCUGAUCGCCAACUGUUUCCGACGGCUCACCGAGACAACACCGGCCAAGAACGAGCUGAAAGGCUACAAGGUCACCGAUGUAAAUCGCAUGCGAAAAAUUGGCGUCGCCUGCAGGAGCCUCCACGAGCUGAAGCAGAAAGCGUGCGCGAAGCUGAACAUAACAAACGACCCUGGCGAAAUCAACAUCUACUUGCUCGAUGGUUCGUUGAUCGACGAGGAAGAGUAUUUUUCCACGUUGAAGCCUCAGACGACGCUGAUCCUUCAGAAACCUGGCGAGAAAGUGUUAACCGACGCGGACCUUCUGUAUGAUACCUUGAGGCGUGUUAACAUCGAUUUUCUGAUUGCCGGCGAGAAAGCGUCCGAGUUCCUCACGGAACACCUUAGAGCGAAGGUCGCUGUUCUAAAUAACGCUUUGAACAAAGAUGACUCGAAAACAACGUUCAGCAGCAGGGACGAACAUCCGGAGUGGUUUCACGGAUUGGACACUAACUGCGCGACCAAAGAAGCUUACUUGCAUCGUCGAUGCCAAGACAGAAUACGGGGCUACUUGUACAAAACGAUCGAGCAGAUCAGAUCGUCGGACGUGUUCACGAAGGAUCCACGAGCCAGAAAGCAACUGUUGUACGCGAUAGCCUUCUUCAAGAUGCAGCUGAAAGAGGAUCACUACUUUGGCUAUUAUUUCGAUAGGAGCCGGGCAAAGAUCGAGGCGUUGGAGGGUGCUGAUCAGCUCGAUUCGUCGGCCUGUUACGAUCAUUGUCCCUGUAGGUUGAAAUGGCUCGACGAUGGCACGUACUUCAGAUUGUUCGGCACGGCGGAGCAAACCGACGACGUCGACGGCGUGAAGAAGAGGAACGAGAGGAACUCGGCGGCGGACACAAAGACUGAGGAGGAGGCGGAGGCAGAGGAGAACUGCCCUUACAAGAUUAGAAGGAUAGAGAAGAAAAUGUGUAUCGCGUUGUGCGAUCAGACGGGCGAGUUCAGAUGUCACGGAGUGUGGAACGAGGAGAAAUGUCCUUACGGGACGCACAAGAUCAAUCCGUACAGGUCGAAGGAAGAGCUCGUUUUAUUCUCCACGUGGAACUUUGAUCACAAGAUCGAAAGGUCCAGGACCCUGAUUCCAUUACUGCUGAAACUAGCGUCCAAAGGAGCCGCCAACGAGGCAGAUCUCAUCGAAAUUUACGACAAUCUGUUCACGAUAAAGAACUUGAGACUGGUUCACAUCGUAUGCCAUGAUAAGAGCUCGCACAAAUAAUUAAUUCAUUAUCACCUGAAAGGGUUAACAAAGAUUUCAACGAUGCGGGACGAAAUGGAAAAGAAAAGGGGAAAAAGAAAUAUUAAGAUACGUAACACGUAGAAGUAACCUUUGAAUAUAAAUGUAAUAACUCCUCGUAUGAAAAGCGUAUAUAAUUGUAAAUUGCUGUUGAUAGAUGAUUUGAAACUUCAAAGUUUAUCAUUUGUUGUACACGAUUCCGAUUCCGUUGCGCCACAUAGCAACAAAGCAAUACCGAUCGCGAGAUCGAGCAACCUUCUUCUUUUUAUGAUAGAUUAAGUCAAAUUUUCCUACACUGCAAUUUUCCAUCAUCUACCUAUGAAACACUAUGCACGUUCGAUAAAGAUAUAUAUAUAUAUAUCUGAAAGCGACUGAAAAUGAGAAUUUAUGAUGGAGAUCUUGCGCACAGUUUCUGUCUCGAUCGAUAAACCAGUGUGAUCGUUGAUAAUUCGAAUAUAACUAUACUCCCCGGAGAGUAAGAUCAAAGUGAUUAAAUCGCGAAUUUUUAAUCUGUAAAAACGUCGAGAACGCAUAUAGUAUGCAAAAAAUAUACAAAAUACGAUAGAUUAUUGGUGUUGAAAAAGUACGAAAUUUGUAUCACUUUGAACUUUCAACGCGUCGUCAUUCUAUAAAUUGUAAACUUUCGUAAAUUAUAAUUUCUGGCGAAUGUGAUGGGAAAGUUAGAAAAAAAAUGUAAAUGAACGUUACUCUAAAAAAAAACCGAAUUGAAACUUUCUGAUUUUAAAUGAUUAUAAUUUUGAAAUCAAUGCAUGAAAUGUAAAAAUUCAAACGCUAUUUUAUAAAUGGAACUCGAUACUUAUAGCGUGUAAAAUUGUUGAUUGAUAACAGUGAAAUAUGUAAUAUUAAAGAUAAGAAAAUAUUAAGAGAUAAGAUAUCAAGAAAUUACACGAAACAUGUUUCUUUUAUUAUAUUAUAUUAUACUUAGAAAGCAAAACGAAAUGUAUUGAAUGUAAAGAAUUGUUAUUAUAUUUCAUCCGUACAUAUCUUCUUGAGAUGAUAAGCUUUCCAAUAAAAUCAAUGUUAACGAUGUCAAGUAUGCGAGUCACUCGCCAUCAUGUGCGUCAAGUGUUUAUAGACGAGUUUAUUGUUAACAUUCAUUUUACUGCACGGUUCUCUCAAAGAGAAAUGUGGUAUACAUAUAUGGACGAAAUAUGUUCAAUACAUUUUACUUUAUUUCAAGAUUAAAUUAUAAUAUAAUAACAAACGUAUUUCGCUGAAGAUCUGCAUCAUAAUAAUCUUAUCUUAAUACAUCGCAUUUUACUGUCAUCACUUAACAAUUUUAGCAGUAUGUUUCUACACGUUAUAAAUUCCAUUUGUAAAAGAGCAUUUGAAUGUUUAUAUGCAAUUCGUUUACUCGUUUCGAAAUUACGAUCAUUUGCAGUCAGAAAGUUUCCAGUCAGCUUUUUCGCUUCAUUUACAUUCUCUCUACUUUUCACAUCGCAUUUAUCAUAAAUAAUCGUGACUCGCAGAAUGAUGCCGCGUUAAAAUCUGUCCAAAGAGCUAUGAAUUUCACACUUCUUUGAUACUCUCCAUUCUGUUUUUGAUGACAUUUCUUUUGCCACGUUCGUAAAAAAUUCAAAGACGUGUAAAAAUUCGCGGUCCAGAAACUGAAAUCAGCGCACCGUUCACUGCGACAACUUUUUUAUCACAUUUUUAAGACGUCUUUACGCAAUCCUAACGACUACUGUAAACUUUCUAUCGACAUUUUUGCAGAACAAGUGCCACGGAACGACGUCUCCCCUACUCCAGCACUGAAUCUGAGUUCCCAAUCAUCUCGGGAACGUCUCAAUAUGUCAUACAGGGUUGGGCGCAACGGAAUAAUCGUUGAUUAAAAAGAUUUAUCAAAGAUGGAUCGAAGUGAUUCGUCGAAAGGACUGUUAAUUAUCUUGUUGAAAGUGCGACAAAAGGGACUGUUUGAAGAAGACUUUAGGAUGGCUUUAGAAUUUAUCUUAAAAAAGAAAAAAAGAGAAAAAGAAAAGGGAUACACUCCACAAGAUCGAGUAUAUUUCGGAUAUUUUUGAUUCGACUGGUUCACCAAAGACAAAAACAAAGUUCUGAUACAUAUAUAUAUGUAUACAUACAUAUAUUAUAUAAAUAUUUAAAUAUAUAUAUAUAUAUAUUCGUUAUUGAAUCUAGAGAAUACAUACACGUGUAUAUCUAUUUAUUAUGGAUGCGUGCGCAGAAUGAUGGAAUCGCGUCUCAUUGGAAUUGAAUAUUUAAAUUCUAAAUAACAUUGAAACGUUGAAUAAUUAGUGAAAAUGUGGAAAAAUAAAUUCGCGUAGUAUAUAUGCUAGGUUUAUUUCUGUCUAGCGUUACGUGUUACUAUGACUUAUGAAAGAUUCAUUUGAAAAACAAGAAAACGCUGGACGUAACCAGUUCAAUUCUCCUUGGAAUCUAUUAAAAGAAACGUAGAUGUAUUUGUGAAAGAAUAGAGAAGGAAUGUCUGUGCUGAAUCGUUAAAAAAAGAAAUCUUUUAAUUUAUCUUUGAAAGAAGAAUCCACAACAAUAAGCACGUGCAUAAAAACGAUUCCGUUUCAUUCAAUUUGAUUGUUGUCAGGCUAUAUUCUACUUAUCCUGCGCUCGUAACAUAUAAAUAAGUAUACAUAUUGUACUAUAUUUAGGUAUACACCGAUAUACAUAUUAUAUUAUAUUUAGGUAUAUACACAAGGGAAAUUACAAAAUGUUCUGGAGACUCGCUAUAUAUCUAAUGCGGCAUAUUCUUCCGAUAUGGUGAUGUCUAACGGAAGGACCUGACUCGAAUUAUGUCUUUUUGAUAAUUCUUCUUUUUUAAUCUGAUUUCGAUCGGUCUCUGUUCGUUUUGUCGCGACUCGUCUCGCGAGACUGACGAACCAACACACUUUUUAUAAAAUCUGAAUUGCUAUCGACGACGACGACGUACAAUUCUACAAAACUAACAAGAGAGUAGUGACAGUUGGCAACUUCAGUAAAUUUAUUCGCGCAUCGAGAUGUAUAUUAAAUAGCGCGCCUCUUUUUGCUUCGAACAUUGGCAAUUAUUUGAUACAACCUUCUGGCCACAUUCACGCAACAUGUACUCUAUGGUAAACAGACGACGGAUGUUUAUGCAUUUAAAUGAUAAUGUGCAGGAAUUCAAAGAAAACAGAUUCAAAGAAAAAAUACUCGUCAGAAUACCCAAUAUGCAUUUGCAUGAAAAUCCGCAGUAAUGAAGCAUUUGUUGCGAGAUCAUCUUAUGUCCUAAAUAACUCGUGUUUGAAGUACCACGCGUUAUUAACACUAUAACAACCGACGACGCCACUGUCAUACGAUUUUCAACAAAGAGAUUAAUCCAUUAAGAGCCAACGUUGCGUUAACAAAUUUCAUUUAAAUUCAAUUUUUUUUUUUAAAAUCGAUUCACGUUAUCGAAUUCCGUUUUCUUUAACGCCGUGACUGCGAACAUUUCCCUCCCACCAGGAUUUUAUAAUUUUAAAGGAGUGUUGUGUUUGUAACGUUAGACGAACAAAAUGGAUGAAAAACUUGUUCGAUCAUAGAGUUCGUAGCUUAUUCAAAGAAAUUCCUAGUUGAAAGUUAGUAGUUGGUGGUUAUAGUGUUAUGUGUGACAGACCAUCGUGUCCCAAGCGAUUGGAAAUUUGCAACGCUGCUGUUCGAAAAAGUUUCCUUUCUGCCGCCUCUCGAGAGUCGAGUAUUAAAAGGAGAGGCUCGCGUAAUCGAUCGAAGGGUGGCGUGUCGCAGUGGCUACAAGUAUCGUUUGUCGAUGCGCGUUGCACGCGAAAUCCCAGCUUUAUCGUCGGAGGAAUUCGUUUGAAGAAUCGUUUUGUACCGAGUGUUGUACAACACUCGUGGCUUGACCUGCGGUUUAUUGAUUUUUUCUUUUUUUUUUUUUUUUAAUCUCUCGAAGUUUCUCUAGUCAAUGAGGAUUGGUUUUGGUGAUCCGUUGCAUUCCCAGCUUAUCUUAAAAUGAACGUCGUUACGAAAUUCACUCGUACAUAAAAGGGUAAUCGCUGGAUACCGUGAUGCGCGUUAAACACGAAGGAGCAGCGAGAAAGGAUAGAGAGAUUGAAUAAUUUUUGCGAGAAGUAUCGUGUGGAAACGAUAACGACGUUGUAUCACGACCCUGCACGAUAAGUGCGAUACUUCCUCGUAGGCAACGUGUAAGCAUAGUUAUUUUUCAAUGUAAAGCGACUGUGUAGCUCUAUUUUAGGCAAAUGUAUAUUUUAGGUACGAAAGAACGGCGCAGAGAUGAGCGCAAGAGUGAAAACAGAAA